CAACAUCAUGCUUUGUUUAAUUGCGCAUCCUAUGUCAAUAAGUUGGCUCAAAGUGUCUUUUAUGACGGUUAUAUGAAUUGGGUGAAUUUCGUCCUCAAACCAGAGUUAUUUAACUGUUUAGGUUUAUCGAUAAGGUUACUUGAUAUCCCAUUGGGCCAAGAACGCGAGUAAACGUAUGGAAAAUAGGAGGAAUGUCAAGCGAACGGAUAUGUUCUUUGGGUAUUUUCAUACACGAGAAGGAGUUCCUAGCCAAGGUCCUUAUCCGAGACAGAUUCGUGUGGGAAUGAGUAAAAGCUGGGAGACCGCCGAGGAGUUGGUGAAUUUUGAAGUUAUGUGUAACCCGGGAAGUAUGGAUAGCACCCAAGAACGCUGUGAAAUUGAACAAGAUCAAGAGAGAAAAUUCUUUGAAAAGGUCCGGGAAAAGACAGAGAGCAAGGAAAUGGAUCCCCAGGACGCGAUGGACGAGGCACGGGUGGAGCUCAUCCUUGAUCUAAAUGACGGAGAUGCCAUGAAGUCCGUUUGCUAUCUGCUGACAACAUGGCCGUACGAAAUACAGAUUCCUCGUUUUGUGCGAAUUCUACUGCGUAACCACAGGCAGCCCCUCGGCACUCUCCGUGACCAAGAGUCCAACACAGCACUUCACAUGGCGGCCUCAAGGAACCUUGUGACCGUCGCUGAGUUUCUAUUGGAGGAAAAUCCUGAAAUGCUAAUGACGACUAACUCGGACAUGGAUCUACCAGUGGAAACCGCGCUUAGGCGUUGUCAUGACGACGUGGCUGCUUUCCUUGUUAAACAUAUGUCAAACCGAAGUGUUCUACAGCUUUUUAGGGCAAAUAAGACGGAAAAUGCAAGACACAGCUUUGUCUUUUUGGUAAAACAAUUCAAAAUGAAGAAGACGAUCCUUGCAGUUUUAGACGCGAUGGUGGUACCACAGUGGCCUUAUCCCGUUAGCCUCCACUACCACAACACUCUUAGCAGCGAGUGGCAGACGAUGGUCGACCAGCCGACACAUCUAGACGUCUGCUUUGAUCUGAUUGACGCGGACAAGUAUGGACGAGCUCCAGACGACCCUUCCUACCAGUUUUGCCCAAAGUCUUCUUUCUAUUACAUCACCAGGGAAUGCCAGAAGCUAAACAAGGCUCUUAUUUUCCAUCCCGUCGUAAAGCUCAUAACGGAAAGAAAAUGGACUAAAUAUGGAGGCUUCUGGUUUAGGUUCCGGUUCUUGAAUUACCUCGUGUACCUGGCGAUUCUGAGUCUUGGCAUGAUGACGAUGGUCGCCUACCCGGACAUGUCAAUCACCCCUCACAGCACCUCCUCCUGGAUCAGCGGCACUUGCUUUCUAUGGUGCUUUCUCAUGGUCUGUUGGUUCCUUCUUGACGAGUUUGCAGAAAUGAAACGCGAGCCUAGACAGUAUUUUAAGGAUUGGACGAACUACUGGGAUGUCUCACGGAACGUCUUGAUGGGAUUUACGAUGGUUGUCAGGUUUCAAUUCCAUGAAUGGUUCUGGCUUAUCGCCUCUAUUGCUACCUUCGUGAAUACCAUGGGAAUUUUCAAGUAUUCUUUGGUGUUCAGCUUGACCUCGUCCUAUGCACGUGCACUUGGCCGAGUCAUCUACAAGGACAUCCCUCGCUUCACAGUCGUGUUUUUCAUCGUGGUGUUCUCUUUCUUUCUCUCAAUUACGAUCGCACUGCGUGGGGUACAGCCGCAAGUUUUCAUCAAUGAUCUCAUUAUUGGCAGUGGUUUUGGAGCUGAGAAUAACGGGUUGAACUGUACCGAUACGGGUGCUGUGUGCAUCGUGACGUCACUAGUUCGUAUAUGGUCCCAAGGACGCCCCAUCUUAGAAGACAACGUGGGCUUCAUUGGAUAUUUUCCCACUUUACUGGUCUACAUUCUCAGCAUGUGUGUGAAUGUGGUUCUACUCAACGUCCUGAUAGCACAGCUCAGCCAUACGUACGAGCUCGUACAAGAGGAGUCCCAUCUCUCAUCAACUGCCGAACUCAUGCAUGCUAUUACCACGGUAGAGUUCCAAAGCAGAUUCAAAGUCUGGAAUUUAAGGGUCAAGUACUACACUCCAAAGGAAACAAGAAACAUCGAUGACAUAAAAGAUCACCUAAAGGCAUACGCUAACGCACUGUGGGAGGAAGAUCUCACAGAGGACAGACUGGAACAGCUGGAGAGAAAGAUUGCUCACUUGGGUAGACUGGUGUCCGCUAGAAGACAAAGAUCUCCUACAGCCUCCACAACAGUUAUGUGAAAAAAAAAAUAUCAUAGCAUCAUUAAACACAGACCUUGCUGUUACUUUACAAGAUAAUAAAAUAAAAAUUGUACAAAGUUAGGCUAAUAGUGUCAUGAUUCUAAUAAACACUUUGAAAAAAAAAAA